AUGCACACUGAAAGCAUUAUCUUCCAAAUUCAGAUGAAAGAAUAUUUUAAACAUAGAAUUCUAAAGCCAAACUGUCCUUAUGAAGGCAGUGCAGCUCAAGGCAAUGAAAGUGACUCCCUCCUGUUUAAGGAGAGGAGACUGAAGAGUAAGCAGGACUUUGUCUUGCAUCUUGGAUACCAGCUCAGCCGCAGCGGAACCAAGAUUGCUACGGUUGCUGUUUGCGGUGGUCUAGGGAGGAAGAAGUUGACACACCUGGUAACGGCUGCUGUCAGCCUUACACAUCCCGGGACUCCCACGGUGCUUUCGAGAAGGGGUUGUUCACAAUAUAAACAGGUAUCCAGCAUUGAGGACCUGCCUACUCCAAUGGAAAACCCUUAUAAAGAAUCUCUUAAGAAAUGUAUCUUGUGUGGAAAGCAUGUAAAUUAUAAGAAUGCACAGCUUUUGUCCCAGUUUGUUUCUCCAUUUACUGGAUGCAUUUAUGGAAGGCACAUUACAGGUCUUUGUGGGAAGAAACAGAAAGAAAUCACAAAAGCAAUUAAGAGAGCUCAAAUAAUGGGGUUUAUGCCAGUUACAUACAAAGAUCCUGCAUAUCUCAAGGACCCUAAAGUUUGUAACAUCAGAUAUCAGGAAUAAAUUCUAUCACGUUACCAUCAAUAAACUUA